AUGGCAAGCAUCAGAUAUGGCAGGGUGACCGUGCCCCGGCCGUGCAUCCGGCCGCUGUUGAACAGGCUUCAGCUGGGAAUAAAUCAUUCUUGGAGCCAGAAAACCACCUCGCGCGGGCUAGGCACAGCUCCAUCUCAUCACCGAACGCGUCUUCCAUUCCCACUCGCCGUAUCCCGCGCAUGGGGCCUACAAAGAAACCAAGCUUUACGCGACCUCCUCCUCCGCCGGAGGAUUGGAAGCAAGCCGUCCUUUACAGCUCCCGAGUCACUUUCUUCUCGCCGGCUAAGCCAAAGUUUCACGCUCUCCGAUGGCCGCACGCUCGGCUUUGCCGAGUACGGCUCACCCAAUGGGAUUCCGGCUUUCUUCUUACACGGCUACGUCGGCUCGCGGGCGGAUGGUGUCGAGUGGCACGAUACGGCAGCCAGGCUACACGUGCGGAUCAUCUGCAUGGACCGACCGGGCUUCGGCCUCUCCUCAUUUCAACCCAACCGGCGCAUCCUCGACUUGCCCGGGGAUCUCCGCCAGCUGGCUCGCCAUCUCAAUCUGCGCGCGUACUAUGUGUUUGGGCAGUCUGGCGGCGGGCCGUACGCUCUCGCCUGCGCAUACGCUCUCCCCAAGGGUGAAGUCAAGGGCGUGGGCGUGGUGGCGGGCAUGGCGCCGUGGGAGUUCGGCAGCAAGGGCAUGAAGUGGCAGAACCGCGUCAUCUUCAACGCGCUGGCCACCGUGCCGCGCCUGGUGCGCAUCUUCGUCGAGACUGGAUCUGGGUGCCGCGGCUGCAACGCGAGAGAGGGGACCCUGUUCACCAAGGACUGGGGCUUCAGGCUCGAAGAUGUGAAGAACCACCGCGUCCUGCUGUGGUGGGGGACGGAAGACGAGAACGCUCCCAUCGACAUGGGCCGCCUCAUGGCGCAACGCUUGCCUAAUGCGGAGCUGAUUGAGUUCAAGGGUGACACCCAUUACACACUGAUUCCGAAGCGAUAUCCGGAAAUAUUGGCCCGGCUCAUCAGAGGGGAAGAGCGUGAAAGACGGAGUCCUAUCCUGGCACGAGAUAAGAACCUCGCCUUCUCCUGGAGUGAUGUAUGA